AUGUCCACCUCUCCUGGUCCACACUCAUGUACAAUGCACGAGAUGGCCUCAAACAGAGACUCUCACAGCGAUGCAGGGCUGAUACAAUAUCCCCAGUUCAUACUGUUUGGUGAUUCUAUCACACAGUUCAGUUCUCUCACCUUGCAGGCUCGUCUGCAAGAUCAAUACAUUCGACGGCUAGACGUUCUCAACAGAGGUCUGUCAGGAUUUACUGCUCCUAUGGGCUUUGUCGCUCUGCAAAAGUUCUUGCCAGCAUCAACCCCCAAGUCGAGUUGGCCAAAGAUUCGUAUUGCAACGAUCUUCUUCGGCGCCAACGACGCCUGUGUGCCUGGACAAAGUCAACAUGUAGAACUCACAGAUUACAUCGACGCCUUGCAAAAGAUGGUAGCCUACCCUGUCUUCAAUCACAGCCCGAAAGAACUGACCGAGAUCAUCGUCAUUACUCCUCCACCUGUCAACGAGCACCAAUUCGAGCGAAUGCCAGAUGGGCAUUUUCAGCGUCGAGCCGGGAUAACUUCACAAUAUGCUCGAGCAGCACGAGAAACUGGAAAGGCUGCUGGCGUACACAUUCUGGAUUUCUGGACUGUCAUAAUGAGCAGAGUGGGUUGGUCCAGCUCAAUGGGGAUAGAGUGCUGUUGCGACCACAUCCCAAGUCAUUUUGAUGCUCCAGAUGGUGUCUCGAGACCAACAGAGCAGCACAUACCAGGUUGCUGCCACGCUCCUACUGAUAUACCUAACGCCAAGAACCAAUUGUCCGAUUUUCUACGCGACGGUUUACAUCUCACAAACUCGGGCUACGACGUGUUAUACGGCGAGCUGAUGAAACUCAUCCAGCAGCGACUACCGCAUCUCAUUCCAGACAACAUACCCAUGGUAUUGCCUGCAUGGAGAGACGCCUUGCAGCUUGCUGAAUACAACACAACCUCCACGAACAAACUAUAG